AAUUUACUUCAUGCCUAUGGAUAUGUCAGUGCGACAUGUGUUCUAAUGUCUUUGUUUAAAUCCCCAAGUACGUAAAGAAAGUAAGCAUAUAAGGAUAUAAAUCUGUAGACAUAUUUCAAUGCGCAGAGGAUCGGGCGCUGAUUAGCAAAAGCGGAAGACUCUGCGAAGGAAGAUGGCUUCAUGAAGAAGUAGUGCGGAAAGAAGAUAGGUUGGUUGAACCUCGUACAUAUUUUUUAAAUUUUUUGUGGUAGGUUUUUGAGGUGUAUGGUAAAGUCGCAUUGAUUAAAACGUGUGCGAACGUUGAGUAUGCCUGGUUUCGAUGCUUAAUCGCCAGGUGAUUGUCAAACAGCAGGUGUCAAGUGGAACAGUUUCCUAAACUGUCGUGUGAGGAACAGACAAAACAACAACAACAAAGCGAGGCUGCCAUUAGAUGACUUCGUUGUUUAUCGUGUGCCAGUUUACAGAUGCUGACCUCAAGUUAUUGACCAUGUAAACUUUUGUCAGACCGAGUGUAAUUCCACCCCAUCAAGUGAAGAUGUCCUCUUAUCAAGGGCUGAGCCGUGCGCAGCUUAGCUUUGACUAUUUGCACACAAAUUCAACAACACAUGAAUUUUUGUUUGGGGCCUUAGCUGAACUGCUAGAUAAUGCAAGAGAUGCGUCAGCCACAAAGAUCAACAUAUUCACAGAGCCCUGUAAAGAAACCAGAGGUGGUUAUUAUUUGUGUUUCCUUGACGAUGGAGAGGGCAUGGAUCCAAACGAGACGUCUGACAUCAUAACCUUCGGCAAGUCUGCCAAGAGAGGCCAGGACUCCCAGAAAAUUGGCAUGUAUGGAAACGGGCUGAAAUCUGGCUCCAUGAGGAUAGGUAAUGACUUGAUGCUGUUCACAAAGAAAGGUCCCACCAUGACCUGUUUGUUUCUCUCAAGGUCAUUUCAUGAGGAGGAGAACAUAGAUGAGGUGAUUGUUCCAAUUCCCUCUUUUGAAACUGCAACAAACAGGCCUCUGGCCAAAGGUGCUAAUCAAAUAGAAAAGCAUAACCAAGAAAUGAAUCUCAUCUUAAAAUACUCCCCCUUCAAGACGGAAAAGGAGUUCUUUGCCAAGUUUGACUCCAUUGAGGGUAACUGUGGUACAUUAGUGAUCACCUAUAACCUGAAGCUUCUGGACACGGGGGAGACAGAGCUGGACGUGGACAGCGUACCACACGACAUCCUGCUGGCCAAUCCGCAGACAGAUUUCGACUCCGACACAGGAAUGAUGCCUGAGCGACGGUCGUUCCGCGCCUACGCAGCCAUUUUGUAUAUGGAGCCCAGAAUGAAGGUGUACAUACAGGGGAAGAAAGUGAGGACUAAGAGGUUGGCUAGUUGUCUCCAUAAGUGCCGACAAUACAAAUACUCCUCAAAUCGUUUCCGGUCAAGAGCUGAAAAUGAAGCUAAGAAGGCAGAAGAUGAAGCUAAAGCUGCAGAAAAUAAAGCAAGGGAAGCGGAAAGUAAAGCAAAGAAUUUAGAAGGUCGUUACGGGUCGUCCAUGUCAAGAGAACAGAGGGCCGAGUUGAGGAAGGCUCAAACAUUGGCAGCUGAAUAUCGGAAAGAAGCUCAAAUACGCAAGCAAAUAGCAGAUAGGAAAACAAAAUCACUAAAGGACCCCAAAACUUUGAAUUUCAUAUUCGGUUUAAAUAUAGAGAAUCGUAGCCACGAUGGUGUGUUUGUGUACAACUGCAGUCGUCUGAUCCGUAUGUACGAGAAGGUGGGACCUCAGACGGAUGGAGGAGUAUGUUGUAGUGGUAUUGUUGGUAUUGUAGACGUGCCAUACCUAGUGCUGGAGCCGACGCACAAUAAGCAGGACUUUGCUGAUGCCAAAGAGUAUCGCCACUUAACACGGGUGAUGGGGGAACACAUGGAGCAGUACUGGAACUCGUCCGGUGUAGCUCAACAAAUAACUAAAUUUUGGGAGAACUUUGGUUACGUCAGCGGCAACUGGAAGGAUCCGCCGUCAUCAGAGCCCAAGUAUCUGCGCAAACGCCACAUGCAGCUCAGUAUGACUCUCCAGUGUGACAAAUGUCUGAAAUGGCGGAUCCUUCCUUUCUCUGCCGGUAACAUUGGGUUUGACUUUCCUGAUGAUUGGGUAUGUGAAAUGAACACAGACCCUUCUCACAACAGGUGUACUGCUGCUGAACAGAAGCUGAACAUACCUGAGGCUGUGUUCAAGAAGGAGGUGAAAACGCAGGAGAUGAAGCAGCAGAAGUUAGAGGAGGAAAUUAAGAAAAAAUCUGAGAUGUUGCAAAAAAUACAGAAAACCAAACCUGUGAUGUCAUCACGUCAGAUCAAGGAUGAACUGGAAGAAGAGGAGAAGAAAUUGGCUGCCAAGUCUCCACAGCUUAUCAGUCGACAACGUUCAGCCCCAGUAAACAACCGACCUUCACCCAGCGUAUCUCGCCAAAACUCCUCCCCGGUCUACAUACCAGACUCUGACUCCUCCCUAUCUCAAAGCCCCUCCCCUUCUAAAGCUCGUGCAGCAUCCCAAAGAUCAAAUGUGCCAAGCCCCACCCCUUCUCGUAAAACCAGUGGUCGUGUGCAGAAAGCAGAGCAGGAAAAAGAAGAAAGAGCACAACGAGUGCAGAGGGAAAGAGAAGAAAAAGCCAGACAACAAGCCAAGUUAGACAAGGAGCGGGCGCAAAAGGCAGUCAAAGAGCGAAUUCAGAGAGAAAGAGAAAGAUUGCAAAAAGAGAAGGAGAGAGAACGUGCAGCGAAAGAGCGAGAGAAACUGCGUGUGCAGAAAGAGAAAGAAAAAGAGGCGCUACGACUUGAAAGAGAACAAGAGAAAGAGGUGCUUCGUGCAGAGAAAGAGAGACAAAAAGAACUGAUUCGAGAAGAAAAGGAGAAACAGAUGCAGAUUGUUCGACACCCGGCUACCUCUACAAAAGCUUCCAGUCAAACCUCAAGUGAUGAAUCUUCCAGUUCACAGGUCAGCCAGUCGACCAGGGGAGAGGCAACAAAACGCCGCGCAACAGCUGCAUCAACAACAGCAGAUGCAGAAGUGCCCAGCAAGAAGAGCAAAGCAGCUCCUACAUCAACCAAAGAUGAGUCUGACAGCAUGGAGGAAGAGAGCGCAGGGAUGACUGUGGAGAGCUCGGAAAUAGAAGAGACAACCAUCAGUAAUGACGACUCAGAAGGUGAGGUGGGAACAAAAGUAGAAGCCAAGGUCAAGGACAAGUGGUAUUCAGGGUCUGUUGUCAAGGUGAAUGCAGCAGAAAGCAAGUGGAAGGUGAAGUUUGACCAAAAUCCAAAGGAUAAAUAUGAUAAAUGGUAUGAGAAGAAAGGACCAGAGGUGAGGCUUCUGAAGGCCAAUCAGCUUGCACCAGAGUCAUCUUUCCCUGCCCCUGCCUCACCAGCCUCUAUUUCAUCACACGAAACAGCGGCUGAGGCACCCUCAUCCUCCACAAAUACAACAACGGCAGUGCCCCCUGGUGGACAGAUUACAGAUGAAAUUGCUAAUGGCUACAGAACGUGUCUGCGUUACUUCCUGCCCCCUCAGUGGUCCAUGGAUAAAGAGGCGAUAUCAGCUCUCACCUUACAGGAGCUUGCUGCUUUCCCAUUGGAUGAUUUCUUUGACCACUAUGAAAAGGGUUUAAGAAAGCUGGUGAACAAUUUUCAGACCGAAUCAAAUGCGGCAAAAUCAAAGCUGUCUGGCCUUAGGAAGAAUAUAUCUCGUUUGUUGAGGUCGUUAAAUGAUGAGAUUGACAUUGACCCAGAAGAGGAUGGUGAACAUGUGGACCAGCUUCUGGCAGCCUGCGUGAAUCAAGCAACACAGGGGCAGCAGCAGGAGUGAGGGGAACUGGGGGGAACAAAAGGAGUGAGUGGAACCAUGGGCAACAAAAGGAAUGAGUGGAACCAUGGGCAACAACAGGAGUGAGGGGAACUGUGAGAACAACAGCAGGAGUGAGUGGAACCAUGAACAACAACAGGAGUGAGUGGAACCAUGAACAACAACAGGAGUGAGGGGAACUGUGGGGAAUAACAGGAGUGAGUGGAACCAUGGGCAACAAGAGGAGUGAGUGGAACCAUGGGCAACCUCAGGAGUGAGGGGGACUGUGGGGAACAACAGGAGUGAGUGGAACCAUGAACAACAGCAGGAGUGAGGGGAACCAUGAACAACAGCAGGAGUGAGUGGAACCAUGAACAACAACAGGAGUGAGUGGAACCAUGAACAACAGGAGGAGUGAGUGGAACCAUGAACAACAGCAGGAGUAAGUGGAACCAUGAACAACAGCAGGGAACAUAACCCAGGGGCAACACCACCACCAGAUUAAGACAAACUUAAAAAUCACCUUGCACCUGUAGCCAGUGGCAACAGCAACAACAGGUAGACAAGUGGAUACUCUUUGUGCUCAUCACCACUGUUUGUACAAGAAUAUCACUUCUAAAUGCCUUGACUAGACCAGUCUGUUGUUACAGAGAAGCCUGCAACAAUGGCUUGCUUGUGUUCACAAUAUAUAUCUUGAAAAAGUAAUUAAUUUUGCUUAGAACAAUGUGAUACAUGUAAUCCUGUUUUACAGGGAGAGAGUUUAGCAAGCUAAAAAGCGAGUAAAUGAAACAGCCUGUGUAUUGCAAUAGGCUUUUGUUAAAAAGUGAUCAGUGGAAAGAGACAAGAUUUGUUGGUAGGAAUUGCAUGUUCAGGUCCUGUAGCUCCAUGAACAUGGGUUUGAAAACAAACAUUUACAAAGAUGAACAGAGGACUUAAACAAUUUAAAAAAUCGAUCAAUUGCUGCUGUUUCACAGUCUAAAACAGCAUAACAUCAAGAGAUUUGGAAGAAAAAGCGAUACAAGAGUGAAUUCAAAACAUUAAAAGAUGGCAGAGUGUUGAAUGGAGCAUUUCAGUUUUAAUUCCAGCUUACGAGCUGAUUUAUAAAAGCAUAUAGACCUUGUGUUUUUCGAUGAAAUUUAUAGCCAUUGUGCGUACUGCUAGCCUUUGACAUUCAGUUUCUGCUCAAGGAAACAAGGUUCUCAGCUGAAGGUAGCCGGUUUCAGUUUAAAAUAUUACUUCACCAAUGGUGUUUUAUUAUUCUGACCAAGUUGUAUAUAAGACUAUAUAGUAUGAUCAUCAGUUGUAAGGCCAAAGUAAGGUUUGUAUAGUUUCCCCGCCAUUAUCGUUGUGGUCAUUGAGCAAACCAGGUGUAGGUGUAUGUGAGCACUGAUAGGCCGUUUUACCAGUAUGUCUUUUUGCUUUGCUGUGUACCAAACAUUGGUAUGCCACUUUGAUGACCUGUUCUUAUUUGGGUUUCAAUCUUAGAGAUUGCUUUUAAGGUCACACCAAAAUAUUCUCAUUUCAUAAUUCUGUACAGAACAUUAACCCUAGAGUGAGAGAAUUCUGUGCAGAACAUUAACCCUAAACAUUUAAAGCUGAACAUGUAAUAUUGGGUACACUUGUUGAGUAGUUUUCCUUGUUCAGGAGGGGAUGUCCGUACAUGUAUAAGUGUGCUUUGUGGGACAUGUUACGAGUUACAUAGAGGUCUUUCCCAGUUUCAGAACUCACUUUUUAAAGUUUCCAAACCGUGACAAAUUGGGUCCAAAGCCUUAAAACUUUAUAAUAGUGUAGAUGCCUUGCGCAGUAACCAUAAUAACUUUAAUGGCCCAUUUUCCAAACCCAAUGAAUCAGAAUUUUUUUUUUUUUUGAGCAAACUUGCCCAGAGUGUGCAUUAACAGUUGUGAUACACAACCUCACAGAAACCAGUGAUCCUGUAUUCUAUGGUUAGAAUGUUUUCAGGGUCAUUUUGUUUUUUGCGUUUUUUUUUUUUUUUUGUUUCUUGUUGUUUUUUUUUUUUCUUUAGGUGAUGAUCAGACAUCAUGUUGAGAGCAUUUCUUGUUUUAUCAUUUUAAAUCAUUGUUAAGGUUUGAUCUAAUCAUCUUAAAAAAAAUUUUCAUCAUGUUUUAUUUUAAUCUACUUUGUUUUAGAAAAUUUUGGGGAGAUGAAAUUGAAGAAAAGUGACUUUGUUUUAAGGGGAUUAGACUGUCAUUAAAUCUUCGUCUUGCCCUUGUCUUGCCUUCUGUAGUAAAAAUGGGGUCGCCAUCUCAUUGGAUCAUCCCCCAGGGACAAGAGUUUCUUUAACCUAUCAUGGGAGUGCUGUGAGGAAGAAUAGGUUGUACAGGUGUUUGUGUGUUAUGUGUGCAAUGUCUCUUUAUUUGUGAAUUUUACCGGGUAUCGUUAUCGAUAAAACUGCCAAGAUAUAGCUUUUAGAUAAUUGAUAAGUUGUAAGAAAUCGUGUGUGGCCAAAAAAAAUGGAAGUUUUACUUUUUUGUUUUACAUUUUGUUUAUUUUGAAAUUUAACUCUCUAUUGUAUUGAUUUUCUUCAACAUUUUUUUUCAAAAUCACUUUUUCGUGGAAUGAUAAGUGAUUUUUUACGUAUAUUUCUUUUCUCCUGGCUCUUGCAAACGGCGUUUUUUAAGUCUUACAUUGGGUUUACAUCUUUUCCUGCGGAAAAUAUGAGCUAUUACCGAUCUUUUUUCUCAGUAGAAUUCAGUAGAAAAGGGGUUGAAACUUAUCGGAGUAAAUGGUACUUUCAGCAGAUUUUCCCCUAUGGUCUAUGGUGUGAAGGUCAAGGAGGUCAGUGUCUUUGCAGAGAUCUAUUGAUGAGGCCUAAAACUUCCCUUGGUGAACUACAAAACACUGUUUAAUCUAACACAAAAUGACGCCAUGAACAAAUUAGCCUUCUUGUUUAGGCCUCCAUAAAUCAUCCACCCGUAAACGCUGGCGGCUGAUCUACCAGCAACUUGGAGAAUAGGUAAAUUGGCUUUAUUUCUCCCGUAAGCCGUUGGGAAACAUGACAGCUAGGUGUGAGAAAUACCCCUGGUACUUUGAUCCUGGUCGCUCGGGCGUGUCUGUAGACUCGAUCAGGCUGGCAGGGAACUAUCCCAACAAGACAUCAACACUGGAACUUAGUCGUCCUGCCAUCUGUUCGUAACGCCUUCCGAUUUCUCCGACUUCGUUCAGAGAGACGAGCGAUUCUUGAUGCACAGCGAAUAGGUAAUAUACUGGAGCUGGUAAAUCCGAGGCCUGGUAUGCGCCUGUCUGGUUAGGAGCGAUCAUAUCGCCCAUUUAGUAGCUGUCUAUUGUCAGCACCUCGCUCAAUAAAAGUAGGCGGCCCACCGUGGAUUCCCCGGUCUGGUCACUGUAGAAUUCGGCCACAAAGAGGCAGAGUACAUCCACGAAAAGAUUAUGCUAUGCCAGAGACUUUUAUUGUCACCCGAGUCCUUAAUUAGAGUCUGUGCCCGUCAGCGUACUGGAGAUGAGGCGGAGGCCGUGACAUUAACUCGACCCUCUCAGUAAAGACCAGUGCGCCAGGCCGCCUGCACGGCCAGGGAGCAAUUUGUCCGAAGCUGCUUUACUACCGCCUCUCCAUAAAUACCAUUACACGAACAGGAAACUGAAGACAAGGGACAACAAUAAAGGCGCAUGGUUUAUGGCUUUACGAUGGACACGCACCUUGUCCGCCAGUUCCACGUUACCCAUUUAGCUCGUAUUCUUCAAUGGCCUACAUCGGACUUCCUAACAGAUGCGCCUUUUUUUCGAGACGGAGUGUGUUUAUGCUGAUUGUAUUUAUGCCGCUAUGCCAGUCCUUAUCUAUACAGUUUAUGUGACAGUAUUGGUGAUCCACAUCCCAAUUUGCAGCUCUCCUACCAUCCCGUGUCUUCCUUUCUUCAAAACCCGCACUGUCGGCAUAUGUGCCUGAAGCGAAACACAAAGAAGCCAAGCUUCGGAAGUCCCCAUCUUCCAGUCAUUUUGUCUUCGCACUUUAUAUCCAAACCGUUGUGAGAUCCUUCGCCACUUUUCCAAGCGAAUGAAGGUGUAUGAAUAAUGUUUGACGGCCCCUGAAUUCCGCCUGCAUUGAAGACAUUGUAGAAUUUAAAUAUGGCGGAGCAAAGAAAAUCUUUUCAAAUGUCACCUUUAGGUUGAGCUUCCACGUAGUUCUUCCAGAUACACAGAAGCUGGAGAUUCUGGCAAACUGGACAGCAAAAAAUGCUAAAGGCACUUCUUUGAAAAUGGUAAACCGAAUUGAAUUGAAACUUGAUAUAUGGCUUCACCAUGCCAAAUUACAGACAGACAAGUCCGAGUUUCGGGCCGUUUCGUGCAUUGUCAGCACUAUAGUCGUUUUUGUCCUGUUUCGAACUGUUCUAACUGGUUUGCCAUUUGAAUUUUAAGGAAUUGGCAUUUUGGCUUCACCUUGAUAAGUUAUAAGAUGAAGUCGAGUAUAGUGCUUUUUUCUUUAUUUUCAAUGAAUUUAUGUCCGUUCAUGUUCUGCUGUGGACAAUUUGCUGGGCUGUUUUGUCCAAUUUGCUGGGCUGUUUUGUCCAAUUUUCUGGGCUGUUUUGUCUUUGUGGUUUGUUAUUCUGAAUUGUAACUCGUUUCAUCCAAUUUUUGAGGAAAAAUAAUUUUCUUCCCUUCUGUAAAACUGACAGCUCUAAAUCGGUAAAUGGACAUAUACUGUGAGGGCUUGUGCGCUUGUAUUGCCACACAAACACUAGCUAGCUGCUAUAUUGGAUAGACGCGAAGGACCUGUAACUGGUGUGGGCAAGGAAUCGCUCAAGAUUUUCGGAAAACAUCGGUUCUAUACCUCCGUGGAGCUACACAGACAAUGAAAUCCAUCAAUGGCUGUAGUGCACAAACGUGAUUUAUGGUAGGUGUGGUCCAUAUUAAUGUAGUUGAUUCUGUCAUUUGAUGCACGGAUCACUUUGGAUGACCCAUGUGCAUGUAUUUGACUCCUAAAGAUACUGUAUGUAUAUAGACUACGCUGUAUAUCGUGUGUACCUACAUUUUAAUAUACCUCUUUCCGAACGUAAGUUAGCGGAUAGUUGCCAGAGGAAAUGUAUUUUAGCAAAUAGUGUCUUGUGAGGACCUCAUC